CCGACGGCCGUGCCCUAGAUCUCGAUCGCCUUCCAGCCUUCCUCUCCUUUUCGAUCCCGUGCGGCCGUGCCCACUGCCCAGCAGCCCAGGUGCCCUGGAUCUUGAGCGCCUUCCUCUCUUUUUCGAUCCCGUGCGAUCGUGCCCAGGUGCCCCGUGCCCUAGAUCUUGAGCUGCGGCGGCGGAGAAGAGUAGACCGCUUCCGUGUGGCCGUGCCCGACUUCCGGCUCUCCAGUCUCCAGUCCGCGGAUCUCCCCCUUGGCCUCUCCCCAUUCUUCAGCGUCCCAAGGACCUUGCUGUACGCCUGUACCAGAUCUUGAGCUGCGGCGGCGGAGAAGAGAAGACAGCUUCUGUGCCCGGUGCGGCGGUGCCCUAGAUCUCCCGACUUCCGGCUCCCCAUUCCGCGGAUCUCCCUCUCCCCAUUCUUCGUCGUCCCAAGGUAUGUCCCUCCUAUGUAUUUUUUUUAGCAUAGGCCGGGAGGAGGUUCCGGCGAGGGGGGCUUAUCUUGUAACAGGGCAACGAGGCUGGACUUGAUGUUGGGACUUGGGACCGAACUAGUGCAGCAGCGCUGAAUAUGGGAUUAUCUCAAGAAAACAGUACGAGUAUCUUUGAGGAAAGAUAAUGAUUUAUUGAUUUAAUUGAAAGAAUCAGGAUGACUGUUAGUCUGUUACUGCAUGGGCUGGCCGAAUAUCAUUUUGGUUCUCACCUGGUCUUCAUUUUUAUGUGCACUAUAUUUUAAGUUUCUUAGUGCUUUAGUAAUCAUAUUUACCUCCAUUUUAUAACUAUUUAAAAGAUGCUUUAGUUAUAUGAAGUACGCUUUAGUUAUAUGAAGUCUGUAGUGUCACUUUGUCAGUAAUUUUGAAUAGUUAACUACAUGACAUGGCAUUUACUUCAGCUUUUAGGAAUACUGAAAUGUUGUUCAUAGCUUAAAUUUUGUAAAUAAACUGAUCAUGAUUUUUUUAUGCAUGCAAUAACAUGAUAGACAUUAUAAAGCUUAGAUUAUAUGCAUCUAUAAAGUUGCAUUUUAUGCUCAUACAUUUUUAUUGAUUUCUAUGCAAAAUAGGUUAAUGUCUACGAUGGAUAGCAAUGAAAAUAUGGCUGAAGUUUCAAGUGUACUUCGUUGUGGUAGUUCUCAAGCUAUAGAGCCUUCUAAUACAGAUAGCUCUAAAACGAACAAAAGAAAGAGAUCGGAGAUAUGGAAUCACUAUUGUGAGGAAAGAAGUCGUGAGGACCUUGCAAGGAUGGUAAUUCUACAAGAGAUGCCAUUUACAACAGUUGAACAUCCAGCCUUUCAGAUGUUUAUUAGGAACCUUAGACCAGAAUUUCAUAUUGUUUCAAGGACAACAUUGUCUUCUGAUUGCUUUAAAACUUAUGAAAAGGAAAAACGAAGACUUGAAGAUUUGUUCAAGACGAACUGUGGAAGAAUCAGCUUAACAUCGGACAUGUGGACAUCAAAUCAAACAUUGGGAUAUAUGUGUCUGACUGCACAUUACAUCACUAAUGAUUGGAAACUGAAAAAGCAUAUUAUCAAUUUUAAGUUGGUUCCUUCACCACACACAGGCUUAGUCAUUAGUGAUGCUAUAGCUAACUGUAUUUUAUCUUGGAAUAUUGAGAAAAGGUUGGGUUCAAUCACUCUUGAUAAUUUGUCAGCAAAUACAGUUGUAGCAACAGAACUUCAAAAACAAUUUAGAAAAGAUUUACUUUUGGAUGGUAAAUUCUUUCAUGUGCGUUGUUGUGCACAUAUUCUUAAUUUGAUUGUGAAGGAUGGGUUGAAGGUAGUGGAGGGUGCUAUUCAUAGGAUCCGUGAGGCUGUUAAAUAUAUAAAAUCAUCUCAAGGAAGGUUGGAAUUGUUUAUGGGAAUUGUGAAACAGUUCAAGAUGAAUGGUAAGAAAAGGAUAUGCAUAGAUGUACCUACUCGUUGGAAUUCUACAUAUCUCAUGUUAAAUGAUGCUAUAGAAUUCAAGGAUGUAUUUAUGCGACUUGUGGCCCGGGAUCCUAAUUUUGAUAAUGCGCCAACUGAGGAAGAUUGGUCUCAAGGCAUUAUUAUUUGUAACUUCUUAAAGGUUUUUCAUCUUAUAACUGAAGUUUUUUCACAAACAAAAAAUCCAACUGCAAAUUUGUAUUUCUAUGAAAUUUGGAGAAUCAAUAUGCUCUUGAUUGAAGAAUCUAGAAGUUCAAAUGCAGUUGUGAUGAUGAUGGCUUUAAAGAUGCAAGAAAAAUUUGACAAGUAUUGGAAGGAAUGCUCUCACAUUCUUGCUGUAGGGGUUGUUCUUGAUCCAAGACAUAAGAUGAAUCUUAUUAUUUAUUGCUUUCACACAAUCCAUGGUAAUGGUGAUCGUGCUUCAUUUGAGAUCAACAAAGUGCGUGAAGUUCUUCAAACUUUUUAUGAUAAUUAUGCAAUUUUAUAUGGCACAAAUGUCUCUCUUGUUCAAGUGGAUGAGAGGGUGUCUACAUCCCAAGGUGGAAGAGAUGAGAAUCGUUUUAUGCAUGGCUAUAAAGAAUUCAUCCACGGAGUACAAGUUACCCAACCAUCGAAGUCAGAAUUAGAGACCUAUUUGGAAGAGAAGGUUCAUCCAUUAGAAGAUCAAAAUUUUGACAUUCUACAGUAUUGGAAAUUCAAUGAAUCAAAAUAUCCAAUAUUGUCUAGGAUGGUACGUGAUAUCUUGGCAAUUCCCGUUUCUACCGUUGCAUCUGAGUCUGCCUUCAGCACUGCUGGCAGGGUUUUGGAUGAUUUUCGUAGCAGUCUAUCUCCGAAUACGGUUGAGGUAUUGAUAUGCGCACAAGAUUGGCUUCGAGAUAGCUUGCCUCAUCUUGCAGAUAUUCCACCUCCUCAUACAAAAUACAAGGUUGAAGAUUACGAAACUGUUGUUGAUAUUAAUACCGAUGAUUAGCUUAUGCUGGAUGGUGGUAAUCUAUCUUAACUGAUGUUCUUGAUUGUUUCUGCCGUGCGGGUGAUCCUUUAGCUGUGGUCGAAUGGAUAAAGAAAAUUGUGGUUCAUUAUACAUGUUCUUAGUUAUGUAAUUCUACAAUUCACUGAAUAUGAUGUUGAUGCUAUGAU